AUGUUGCCGGAAUAUGUCGACCUAUAUUAUCCAUAUAAAGACCAUAGAGCCAGGUGCUUAUUGGAAUUGAGGAUGCUGAAUAUGAGCCAGCAAAUACGUUCAAAGCCUGAUUGGCAUAAAAAAAUGCUGAAAUCGGAAAUAACUUCUAAAUGGAGAAAAGAAGCUGAGGCACAAGAAUUAAAAGUCGACGCAAUAGAUUAUGUCCUUGAAGAAGUAAAAUAUUACGCAACUUUGAAAGAUGGUUCUAUUGAACCAGGACCAGUUGAUGGGUCAUGGCAAGCAGAUAAUCUUGUUGAUGAAACUCUAUCUCGUGAAUUCAAAAAGCUUGUUUCAAAAACUUUAGAAAAUAUUCCAGAAGAAGAGAUUGAUUAUCACCCUGGAAGCGACCAACAAGUAAUUGACUUAGUCCAUCCAUCACUUUACUGUUAUGUUGAAGAUAUGAGUAUCUUGAUUAACAAAGAUUAUAUUGAUCCAAGUGUGUUACCGAGCAUUGAGAAUCCAACAAAAAAGGUUCGUACUCGGAGAUAUUUGGCCAGGAAUCCUGAUGAAGGCAAAUACAGGUGGAUGCCAGCUGAUAUCUCAAUCAAAAAUGACACAGUUUCAUUUGAUUCUUAUAUCAAUAAUUUGCAUCCAAUUAAAAAUAAAAAACUUUAUGACUUAAUUGGCAAGAUUUUCAUAAGAUUUCUUCCGAUGUUCAAUCGAUCGCUUACUGAUAUUGCAAAUCCUCGAGGAAUAAGAAUUGACAUUCAAGACUGGUCAUGGUAUACUGAAGAAGAGUUCGAUGGUGAUGAUGAAAGCGAUAAAGAGGAAGAAUACGAGGAAUGGAUAAAUAAUCGUACAAUUUUACCAGUUCCAGUUCCUAAGUUUGAAGUCCCUAAAGCCCCAGAAAAAAUAUUUGAUCUAAAAGGGGAAGAUUUACAAAUUAUUGUGAAAUUGUCUUACAUCAAACUUACUCCAGAAAAACCGAAAUAUCCUGGAGGAUCAUGGCAUGUUGAGGGAAUCGAUGAAGAAAGAAUCGUCGCAACAGGAAUUUAUUAUUAUGAAAUUUUCAUAAGAUUUCUUCCGAUGUUCAAUCGGUCGCUUACUGAUAUUGCAAAUCCUCGAGGAAUAAUAAUUGACGUUAAGCAAGGGUCAUGGUAUAAUCAAGAAGAAGAGUUCGAUUAUGGUGAUGAUGAAAGCGAGAAGGAGGAAGAAUAUCAGGAAUGGAUAAAUAAUCAAAAACCGAAAUAUCCUGGAGGAUCAUGGCAUGUUGAGGGAAUCGAUGAAGAAAAAAUCGUCGCAACAGGAAUUUAUUAUUAUGAAGUUGACAACAUUACAGAAUCGAAACUUUCUUUUCGUGUAUCAAUCGAAGAACCAAUAUACGAGCAAAAUGAUGAUCGCGGUGUUGAAGUCAUUUAUGGUUUAAAAAGCGAUGACCCAUUAAAUCAAGUUGUUGGCCAUAUGAUCACGAAGCAAGAUCGUUGUGUCGUUUUUCCAAAUAUUUAUCAACAUAUUGUCACACCUUUUGAGUUAGUUGAUAAGACCAAGCCAGGAUAUCGUAAAAUUUUAGUAUUCUUCCUCGUCAAUCCAUAUUUAAACGUAGUUUCAACUUAUAACGUUUUGCCUCAACAACCUGGAUGGGAUGAUGUAGAAUCAGAUGCUCCAAAAAAUAAACGAAGAACAUUUACUAAGAAACAAGCAGAAGAAAAUAGAGAGAAGCUUAUGUUUGAACGUAAAUAUACUCGUGAUGAAUAUCAGAAAGAUUAUUAUGAAAGAGAGUUUUCAUUGUGUGAACAUUGA